CCAAAUAUGACAAAGAUGAGGCAUUCCCCAGAGAGAUCGUACAGUCCUGGUGUCUACCAACAGCUCUCCUACAGCCCUGAUGGCUCCGGUGCACUUACAAAGAGCUUUGUCAAGUAUCAGCCUCAACGCCCAGACAUCAUCUCACACCUGCCUCCUCUGGAUGCUCCACAGGGGACACUGAGUGAUCGACCAAAGAUUGUUCAGACUGGCGCUCGGACCAAAGCUGCACCACAGAAGGAAGAGAGAUAUUUUAGACAUGUUAGUGACUCCAUUGCAAACAACUACAGUCCCUCAGCAAGAGACCUCACAACCUCAGCUAUCUAUGAGCUGUACAAACACCUUGAAGCGGAAAAGUCCUAUCACGCCCAUAGCAGGAUAUCCCUGUCCCCACGGCCGCAUUCACCACAGUAUGAUGGGCGCAAGGGAUUCUCACCAAGAAGAGCUGUUGGCGGCUUUGGCCAGAGGUCUAAUGGAGAACCACUGUCCAAGAGUCACCCAGCCCUUGGCUUCCAAGUACUUUCAGGAAAGGCCAUGGAGGGACAUAGCUAUGGACCCAAAGUUCAUAAGUCAAAGGUUGUAUCCCAAAGCCUUCCCCCUAUCAAUGGCAAUGCCAAGUCAGAGACAGCUCUUGGUUUCAGUUCAGGAUUUAGCGUUCGUGAAACCAGAGUUACGGAGAGGUACGACAGGAAAGCACGGACGAAAAGUGUGGAAGGCCUUUUCCUCAAUGGCUCGGCAAAGAGAACUAGGCUGAUAUCUCCAACCCAUAGCCCUGACUUCAGUCAUUCUGUUGUUGGAAACACCAAUGGCCAUCAUUUUGACAUGGACGGGCAGGGAUGGGGUAGCCCUGACUUGGAAAGAAACAGGAGUGGCUUGUCUCCACGCAAUGACAGAACUAAAAGAGCACUCUCCCAGGCCUCUCAAAAUGGAGAAGGUGGAAAGGAGCACUUUUCAGGUCUGUACAUCAAAACUGGUUCCAGCCAACAGCUUGUAAAUGAUCCUGAGUCAAAGAUUGCAUUGAAAGAUGAGGACAAGGAAAAUGGUGGCACAAUAGAAGAUGGUCAGGGCAUCGUGGGGAGUCCAAGAUUACAAAAUGGGGUCAACGGAAACCAGUCUUCUGCACCAAACAGUCCUCGUAAUGGAGCAAACAGCCAGGAGCCUACACCAAGACCAACCACCAGGGAGUCUACCAGAAGCAAGGGGGUGGAUAGUGAAGACGCAAAGGAUGAUGAAACAGUCCAGAGGGAGUACGAUGAUGAAACCCUCGCUGUUCUUGACAUUGUCUUCCCUCCCUCUACCUUCCCAACCAUUGGGUUGUCCAGGCCAAGCACUCCUGAAGAAAAGGACUUGGAUAGAUAUACAAGUCUGAUUGACAAUGCGAUCAACCCAGACAUGGUAGCACCACUGAGUGAGGAGUGGAUACAGAACACGUACAGCUACAUCCCUCAGGAGCUACGGGAGGCCCAGGCUGACACACUCAGGCUGGUAACAGAGGAAGCAGAUGAAGAUUACCACCGGCAUGUACAGAAGGCUAUACUGGACUAUGUCCUACUGGAGCCAAAAGAACAGAGCAGACUGGGAAUCAGUCUUCCUCCAAAGCCCUCCAACCCUGCAGGCAGGGAGCAGUACCCGUGGCAUGAGAGUGUGAACGCAGCUCGAGACUUCAUGGAGAGGGAACUGUACAUCACCCACCCCAUCAUGAGGGAGAUCCUACAUGUCUGGGAGAUUGAGUACUCUACCUUCCGUUUGAUUGACAUCCCGGGACUUCAACGGGUGAUGCCCCUGACUUUGGAGGCCUUCCAGGAGCACAUAGAGACAUCCAGUCAGAGAGGUUCAGAGCUGCUGCAGAGUCGCUGGCUCACACAGUGUGCUGACAUCGUCACCAAACACAGGGACAGUCUGGAGGCAUCCAUGCCACAGGACGAGGUUGCUCGGAUGGAUGCAAUGGACCACUUCUUUGGUAGUGUGGCCUCCUUGAUGUCGUGUCUGUUACGGAGUGCUGUGCAUAAGUCUGUGUACGACCUAGUGGAACUGUUGGAGGACUAUGCUGAUGGGAAUGCCUACACUGGACACUACCCAGAGCAGAGACUAGGGCUGCCUACAAAGAUACAUCCCAUCAAGAUAUUCAUGACUCCGGCCAGAGAGACAGUCACAGCAUCCUUCUCCCCGUCCUUCCCAGAGGUGACCUUGGGGCUGUUCUCCAUGGUGGACAGCAUUGUGAAGAGCGUGUUCCAGCUGUCCCGGGUGGAACACUUGCUGUUCCAGGCUGUGGAGGACCUGGAGACCAAGUACAUCAGUACUGUCCUGCUGGAGGAGGAGACAGUCCAGGUAGCCAAGGAACGCAUCCGGAAAGUCAUCGACAACAACAGUCAUGGUCCUCUAAGUUACCGCUCGGUGUACUGGCCCUACAAGUACCUUCUCUCCAAAGACUCCGACUCCAAAGUGCAGACUUUCAUCAUGAAAGGCCCACCACUGAGGUACUAUGUUCAGGAGAUUGAGAAGCUGAAGACAAUGGCCUGGGACCUGGGCUCCUUCCCCAUCUAUGUACCCAUGCACCUGUUUCUCCUGGACUGCACAGAUCUCAACCAGUGGCUGAUCCAGAGAUCACGAGAGCUGGCUAACAUCAUGAUAGAGCACAUCAUGGCCACCAGUCGUAAGUUCAACCGUAGCAUCUGCCAACAGUAUGACGAGAUUGUGAAGAACAUAACAUCUCACACUGAGACCACCAAGGACCUGGUGGCCCUUCAGAGGUACAAUGAUGCCCUGAGGACAGGGGAACUCAUGGUACUCAGGGAAAAACUGGACAUUGCAGCAGGUAACCUGCUGUUCCUGAUGGAAUAUGCCUACCUGCCUAAGGAUGACAUCUACCUGAACCACAACACCUUCACCUGGCCGGAGAGGAUCCUACCUAUCAUCAGGAACAGUGAGAUGAGGCUGAUAAAGGAACAUGACAUGGCGGUACAGAAGCUGCUGAAGUGGCAGGUGGACUUUGUCAGCAGGCUGGAUGAGGUGGCCAAGCAGGUGAAGGACUUCCAGAAGAAGGACCGCAUGUCUGAGGCUCACAACUAUAUGGAGCUUCUACAGGAAAUCGGCAGGAAACUCAGAGAGUUUCAGGAAGAGAAAAAUGAGAUCAACAUGGAGGAGGUCCUAUUGGAGACAGGGGCUGUCACCCCCUACACACAGAUCCAGGAGAUCAUGAAGGCCAAGGAGCCGUAUGACCGGCUGUGGCAGGCUGCUGUCACCUUCCACUCCCAGCACGACAAGUGGAUGAACGGUCCCCUGCUGCAGGUUAAUGCUGAGGAGGUGGACGAGGAGGUUCAGAACCUAUGGCGCACCAGCUACAAGCUGACCAAGAUCUUCUCCCACCCUGACUACAUGGGCCCCCUGAGGGCCGCUGCCACCAUCAAGGCCAAACUGGAGAAGUUCAAGAUCAACAUGCCACUCAUCAGGGCCCUGUGUACCCCCGGUAUCAAGGACAGGCACUGGGACAUGAUGUCUGACCAGGUUGGGUUCAACAUCGCCCCUGAGCAGGAAACUCCCCUGUCUGAGGUGCUACAGAUGGGUCUGGAGAAGUAUGUGGAGGAACUGGCUGAGAUCAGCUCUCAGGCUGCCAAGGAGUAUGCCCUGGAGAAGGCUUUGGUGAAGAUGAAGAAGGACUGGGGGAAUAUCCACUUCAGCUUCGUGCAGUACAAAGACACAGGUAUCCCCAUCCUGGCUGCACUGGACGAUGUACAGGUACUACUAGACGACCACAUCGUCAAGACUGCCACCAUGAGAGGGUCUCCCUUCAUCGCUCCCUUUGAAACACAGAUAAAAGAGUGGGAGAACAGACUGCAUCGUAUGCGAGCCAUCAUCGAGUCGUGGCUGCAUGUCCAGGCCAGCUGGCUGUAUCUGGAGCCCAUCUUUGGCUCGGAGGACAUCCGCAGUCAGAUCCCCCGGGAGGGCAAGAUGUUUGAAACUGUGGACAAGCACUGGACAGGGAUCAUGAUGGAGUCAGUGAAGGACACCAACGCCCUGGUGGUGACGUCCCAGCCUGAGAUGCUGGAGAAGCUGCAUGAGGCGGAGUCUCUGCUGGAGGAGGUGCACAGGGGGCUCAAUGAGUACCUGGAGAAGAAAAGGCUUUUCUUCCCAAGGUUUUUCUUCCUUUCAAACGAUGAGCUCCUUGAGAUUCUCUCAGAGACUAAGGACCCCCUACGCGUACAGCCCCACCUGAAGAAGUGCUUUGAAGGCAUUGCCCAGUUGACCUUCACCCCUGACAAGGUCAUAACAGCCAUGGAGUCUGCAGAGAAGGAGCAGGUGACGUUGUGCAGGCAGAUCAUCCCGGCAGACGCCAAGGGGCUGGUGGAGAAAUGGCUCUACCAGGUAGAGGAAGUGAUGAAGUUGAGUCUGCGUGAGGUGAUGGAGAAGUCCAUCCAGGCCUACCCCACCACCCAGCGGGAGAAGUGGGUACUGCAGUGGCCAGGACAGGUGGUGCUGGCCACUGGGCAGAUCUUCUGGACAAGUGAGGUCACAGAGGCCAUGGCUAAACAAAAUGGAGUGAAGCAGUACAAGGAGACCUGUAACAGGCAGAUUGAGGACAUUGUGAAGUUGGUGCGGGGAGAACUGACAAAGAUGAGCAGGAUCACCCUGGGGGCACUCAUCACCAUCGAUGUCCAUGCACGAGAUGUGGUGACCAGCCUUUGUGAUCAAGGAGUCACCAGCUCCAAUGACUUUCAGUGGAUCAGCCAACUAAGAUACUACUGGGAGAAGAAGCUAGUCCAAGUGCGCAUGAUCACCACUACUGUACCGUAUGCCUACGAGUACUUGGGGAACACAACUCGUUUGGUCAUCACACCACUCACGGACAGGUGCUACAGAACCCUGAUGGGAGCCCUGCUGUUGAACCUGGGUGGAGCUCCUGAGGGUCCAGCUGGUACAGGCAAGACUGAGACAUGUAAGGACCUGGCCAAGGCUGUGGCCAAACAGUGUGUGGUGUUCAACUGCUCAGAUGGGCUGGACUACAAGGCCAUGGGGAAGAUGUUCAAGGGACUGGCUCAGUCUGGAGCCUGGGCCUGCUUUGAUGAGUUCAACCGCAUUGAGUUGGAGGUACUUUCUGUGGUGGCCCAGCAGAUCCAGACCAUCCAGCGGGCAGUGAGUGAACACCUGAAGGUGUUUGUGUUUGAGGGCACAGAGCUGUCCCUGGACCCCUCCUGUACCAUCUUCAUCACCAUGAACCCUGGGUACGCUGGCAGGGCAGAACUACCAGAUAACCUCAAGGUGUUGUUCCGUACUGUGGCUAUGAUGGUGCCAGACUAUGCCCUGAUCAGUGAGAUCUCCCUGUACUCCAUGGGGUUUGUGGAUGCCCCCAGUCUGGCACACAAGAUUGUGGCUACCUACAGGCUCUGUUCAGAGCAGUUGUCCUCUCAGCACCACUAUGACUACGGGAUGCGAGCGGUGAAGGCCGUGCUGACAGCAGCCGGGAACCUCAAGCUUCGCCAUCCCGACCAACCAGAGAACGUUCUGGUUCUCAGGUCAAUUAACGAGGUCAACCUACCAAAGUUCCUGUCCCAUGACAUCCCCCUGUUUGAGGGGAUCAUCUCCGACCUGUUCCCAGGAGUGGUCAUGCCGAAGCGAGACUUGGGCAGCCUGGAGACUGGUCUGAUCAGUAACAUCCGCAGCAGGGGGCUGCAGCCAGUUCCUUGGUUCAUAGAGAAGAUUGUUCAGAUCUAUGAGAUGAUCCUGGUACGACAUGGGUUGAUGAUAGUUGGAGACCCCCUGGGUGGCAAAACAAGUGCAUUCAAGGUUCUUGCUGGGGCUCUAGCAGAUCUGGAGAAAGAGGGAUAUGAGGAAAACAGGGUUGAAUACUGCAUAAUGAACCCCAAAGCUGUCACCAUGGGCCAGUUGUAUGGACAGUUUGACCCUGUAUCACAUGAGUGGUCUGAUGGUGUGCUGGCUAAUGUGUUCAGAGACCAUGCCACCAGUGUGACAGACUACAGGAAAUGGAUCAUCUUUGAUGGGCCGGUAGAUGCUGUCUGGAUCGAGAACAUGAACACAGUGUUAGAUGAUAACAAAAAGCUGUGCUUGAUGUCUGGAGAGAUCAUUCAGAUGAGCCCAAAGCAGAACAUGAUCUUUGAACCAAAAGACCUGGAGCAGGCUUCCCCAGCUACUGUCAGCAGAUGUGGCAUGAUCUACAUGGAGCCAUCCCAGCUGGGUUGGAGACCGCUGGUGACAUCAUGGCUGCAGCUCAGCCUGCCUGAGAGUCUGACCAAGGCUCAGGCCAAGACUGUGGAGUUGAUGUUUGAAUGGCUGCUGCCUCCCUGUCUGCACUUUGUGCAGAAGUCAUGUCACCAGUUAGUGAGAAUCACCCCCAUGCACAUGACCAUGUCCAUGCUCAACCUCUACUCCAUCCUACUGGAUGAUCUCAAGCAACUUGUCAGUGAAGAUAAUGAUGAUGAUGAGUGGACUAAUGAUGACAACAUGACUGAGAGUGAAGCUGCUGAGCCUGCCAAACAGUCCGUAUCUGAUGCCAAGUUACAGGAGGAACGUACCAACAUGAUCAUCUGUCACUUCUUGUUUGCCCUGGUCUGGUCAGUGGGAGGGGCAGUGGACACUUCAUCCCGAGAGCUGUUUGGUGAGUUCUUCAGAGGCCUUUGUGACUCUGAGACAGGAAAAGGCAAAAAUCCAAGGCCCAAAGAUCUGAAGAUAGCCCGCAGUUUGUUCAUGCCCAAGAAGGACAGUGUGUACGACUUUGUGUUCAUGAGGAAGAACAACUUCGGGUCCUGGUUCAAGUGGCAGAGCCUGGUACAACAAGUGGACAUAGCAGAGAAAGCACAGGCAAGUGAAAUUAUCGUCCCAACCGUGGAAACAGAGCGACAGAGGUUCUUCCUCUCAUGGUUCAUCACGCGCGAGGUUCCCCUCCUCUUCGUGGGUCCGACAGGGACGGGGAAGUCUGCCAUCACCAACAGCUUCCUGCUGGGUCUGAGUAAAGACCGCUACAUGAUCAACAUCGUCAACUUCUCUGCACAGACAUCUGCCAACCAGACACAAGAUAUCAUCUUCUCAAAACUGGACAGGAGAGGCAAAGGUGUGUACGGGCCCCCACCAGGCAGGAAGUGUGUUGUGUUUGUGGAUGACCUGAACAUGCCAGCCAAGGAGAAGUAUGGAGCCCAGCCACCGAUAGAGAUCCUCAGGCAGUAUGUGGACCAUGGGUACUGGUUUGACAGGAAAGAUACCAGUAAGGUUCAGCUGAAGGACCUGAUCAUGCUGUCAGCCAUGGGACCUCCGGGAGGGGGGCGCAACACGGUCACCUCACGCUACCUACGCCACUUCAACAUCAUCUCCAUCGACUCUUUUGACCAGGAGACCAUGAAGAACAUCUUCUCCCCUCUCCUGGACUGGCACUUCAACAGGGGCUUUGAAACUGGCCUGAAGAGGUUUUCCAGGAUCAUGACAUGGGCCACCACCGAGGUGUUCUCCCAAGCCGUCACCAACUUCCUGCCCACCCCCUCCAAGUCCCACUACCUGUUCAACCUGCGAGACUUCUCCAGAGUGGUGCAGGGUGUGCUGCUGCUCAGUGCAGAGUCUAUGUGUGGAGGGAAGGAGGCAGAGUACAAGCUGAUCAGGCUCUGGGUCCAUGAGGUGUACAGAGUGUUCUAUGAUCGACUGGUGGACGAUGAGGAUCGCCAAACAUUCUUUGGCAUUGUUAAGAACGUGGUGCAGACCCAGUUUAAGGAGAAGAUGAACCAGGUGUUUGGCCACCUGUCUGUGUCAAAGGAAGUGCAGGAUGACGACAUCAGGAGCCUGUUCUUUGGGGACUUCAUGACACCAAAGGAUGAGGGGAGAAGAUACGAUGAAAUCAUGAACAUGGAGGAAUUAAGAAUGACUAUGGAGAAGUUCCUAGAAGACUACAACACCAUGAGUAAGGCUCCCAUGGACCUGGUCAUGUUCAAGUUUGCCAUUGAACACAUCUCACGGAUCAGCAGGGUCCUAAAGCAGCCUAACGGCCACGCACUGCUUGUGGGAAUCGGAGGCAGUGGCCGUCAGAGUCUGACCCGUCUGGCUGCCUUCAUGGCGGACUAUGAGCUGUACCAGGUGAACGUCAGUAAGACCUACACGGCUCAUGACUGGAAAGAGGACCUGAAGAAGAUGAUGAGGAGAGCAGGAGAAGAGGGCGUGCACUCUGUCUUCCUGUUUGCUGACCAUCAAAUCAAGGACGAGUCCUUCCUGGAGGAUGUGAACAUGAUUCUGAACACAGCAGAUAUUCCAAACCUAUAUGAGAAUGAGGAGAGGUUGGAAAUCAUAGAGAAGAUGCAGCAGUUGGUUCAGACAGAGCAGCAGCAGAUUGAGACCACCCCGCUCAACAUGUACAAUAAGUUUAUAGAGCGUGUGCGGCGCCACCUGCACGUUGUGCUGGCCUUCAGCCCCAUUGGCGACGCCUUCAGAAACCGUCUGCGGAUGUUCCCCUCCCUCAUCAACUGCUGCACUAUUGACUGGUUUAAGGCAUGGCCCGAGGAUGCCCUGGAACUGGUAGCUAACAAGUUCCUGGAUGAAGUGGAGAUGUCCCAGGAGGUGCGGGACGAGGCUGUGGUGAUGUGUAAACACUUCCACCAGAGUGUCAGGGCACUCUCUGACAGGUUCUUUGCAAGUCUAAGAAGGAGGAACUAUGUGACUCCCACCUCCUACCUGGAGCUAAUAAAGACCUUCAAGUCCCUGCUGGAGACCAAACGACUGGAGAUCCUGACUCUGAAGAACAGGUACACUGUCGGGCUGGAGAAACUGGACUUCGCUUCAUCUCAGGUGAGUGUGAUGCAGCAGGAGUUGAUUGACCUGCAGCCACAGCUGGAGAACAGCAAACGGGAGACAGAAGAGCUGCUGGAGAUCAUUGCACAGGAGUCUGUGGAGGUGGAGGAGGUGAAGAAAGUGGUGGAAGCUGAUGAGGCAGAGGCUAACAAGGCUGCCAGUGAGGCACAGGCCAUCAGGGAUGAGUGUGAAGACAAGUUGGCCAUCGCCAUGCCUGCCAUGAAUGCCGCCAUCGCUGCACUGAACACCCUGAAGCAGCAGGACAUCACCCUGGUCAAACACAUGCAGAACCCUCCUCCUGGGGUCAAACUGGUCAUGGAGUCCAUCUGUAUCCUCAAGGGUGUUAAAUCUGAGAGGAAGACAGACUCCAAUGGGAAGCCUUACGAAGACUACUGGCCUGCUGCUAAAAGGAUGCUGGGUGACUUGAAGUUCUUGGACAGUCUCAAACAGUAUGACAAAGACCACAUCCCCGACCCAGUUAUAAAGAAGAUCAGGGAUAAUUACAUCAGCAACCCUGACUUUGACCCUGCCAUCAUCAAAAAUGUGUCGUCAGCCUGCCAGGGUCUGUGCAGCUGGGUCCGGGCUAUUGAAGUCUACAGUAGGGUGGCAAAGGUGGUAGCACCAAAGCGGGAGAGUCUGAAAGAAGCAGAGGGAAUUCUGGGAGUCCAGAUGGAGAAGCUGAAGGAGAAGAGGGCGGAGCUUAAGCAGGUGACGGACAAGCUGGACCUGCUGAACGAACAUCUGAGACAGAAAAUGAAUGACAAAAAGCAACUGGAAGACAACAUUGAGUUGACCAAGGUGAAGCUGAUCCGUGCAGAAAAGCUGAUCUCCGGUCUGGGUGGAGAGAAGGAACGCUGGACCCAGUUGGUACAUCAGCUGACAGACACCUACCAGAACAUCGUGGGAGACGUGCUGCUGUCAGCAGGGGUGGUCGCCUACCUCGGACCCUUCACACUCUCCUUCAGACAGGAUAUCCUUGGUGAAUGGUACAGCAUGUGUCAUGAGAAGGGAAUCCCCGUGUCAGACAAGUUCUCCCUCUCACAAACCCUGGGAGAUCCGGUCAAGGUCCGCGACUGGCAGCUGGCCGGGCUGCCCAAUGACUCAUUCUCAGUGGACAAUGCCAUAAUUGUCAGCAAUGCAAAGCGGUGGCCACUGAUGAUUGACCCUCAGGGCCAGGCCAACAAGUGGGUGAAAAACCUGGAGAAACCCAACAAACUGCACAUCAUCAAGCUGAGCGAUGCCAUGUACACACGCACACUGGAGAACUGUAUACAGUUUGGGAACCCCGUCCUGUUAGAGAAUGUUGGAGAGGAGUUGGACCCAGUCCUGGAACCUCUGCUGCUCAGACAGACCUUCAAACAGAGCGGGAUGGACUACAUCAGGCUGGGAGAAAACGUCAUUGAGUACAGCAGGGACUUCAAGUUUUACAUCACAACCAGGAUGAGAAACCCACACUACCUACCAGAGACAUCAGUCAAGGUGACGUUGCUGAACUUCAUGAUCACUCCCCCUGGACUGGAGGACCAGUUGCUGGGGAUCGUCGCGGCCAAGGAGAAACCCAAACUGGAGGAGGAGAAGAGUGAGCUCAUCCUGGAGGGGGCUCGGAACAAGAAACUCCUCAAGGAGAUAGAGGACAAGAUUCUAGAAGUCUUGGCAACAUCUCAAGGCAAUAUCCUUGAGGAUGAGACUGCCAUAGAGAUCCUGUCCUCCAGCAAGGCUCUGAGUCAGGAGAUCAGUGAGAAACAGGAGGUGGCCUCACGGACAGAACGGGAGAUUGAUGAUACCAGGAAUGGAUACAAGCCGGUUGCCAAGCACUCCUCUGUCCUGUUCUUUGCCAUCUCAGACCUGGCCAACAUUGAGCCCAUGUACCAGUACAGCCUCACCUGGUUCAUCAACCUAUAUCUACAGUCCAUCCUGAACAGUGCUCCAUCUUCUGUACUAGAGGAGAGAAUCACCAACCUCAACAACCACUUCACAUAUAGCAUCUACCAGAACGUGUGCAGGUCCCUGUUUGAGAAGGACAAGCUCCUAUUCUCCUUCCUACUGUCCAUUGGGCUAGCCAGGAUGGUGGAAGGGGCAGUAGAUGAGGAUGAGUGGAGGUUCCUCCUGACUGGGGGUGUUGCCCUUGACAACCCUUAUCCUAACCCUGCUCCUGAUUGGUUGAAAGACAAGUCCUGGAAUGAGAUUGUGAGGUGUUCAGAUCUCACUGCAUUCCAAGGUUUCAUGCAGCAUUUCAAAUCCAAUUUGGGAGCCUGGAAGAGCAUCUAUGACUCCAACUGCCCCCAUGAGGAGGAGCUACCUGCACCCUGGAACAGUAAACUCAGUUUUCUGGAGAAGGCUAUUGUGUUACGGUGCAUCCGGCCAGACAAGGUUGUUCCAGUUGUACAGAAGUUCAUAGUGACCAGGAUGGGGCAGGCGUAUGUGGAGCCCCCGACCUUUGACCUGUCGCUGAGCUACGCCGACUCCAGCCACUUUUCACCCCUCAUCUUUGUGCUGUCCCCCGGUGCUGACCCAAUGGCAGGACUCGUCAAAUUCGCUGAAGAGAAAGGAAUGGGAGGUUCCAGGCUACAGACUAUCUCCCUGGGCCAGGGGCAGGGACCAAUCGCAGAGAAGAUGAUUGAGAAGGCUGUUGCUGAGGGGACCUGGGUAGUCCUGCAGAACUGUCACUUAGCUGUGAGCUGGCUGCCAGAACUGGAGAGAAUUUGUGAGGAGGUGAUCACAGAUCCAGAGAAGACAAAGUCAGAGUUCCGGUUAUGGCUGACGUCCUACCCCUCCCCAGCCUUCCCUGUCUCAGCUCUGCAGAAUGGUGUGAAGAUGACAAAUGAACCACCCAAAGGUCUGAAGGCCAACCUGCUCAGGUCCUACCUGAAUGAUCCCAUCAGUGACCCAGACUUCUUCAAUGGAUGCAAUAAACCUAAGCAUUGGCAGAAGCUGCUGUUUGGUCUGUGCUUCUUCCACGCUCUGGUCCAGGAGCGGCGUAACUUCGGUCCCCUCGGGUGGAACAUUCCGUACGAGUUCAACGAGUCCGACCUCAGGAUCAGCGUCAAGCAGCUGCAGAUGUUCCUCAAUGACUACGACAAGGUUCCGCUGGACGCCCUGACGUAUCUAACCGGGGAGUGUAACUACGGAGGCCGGGUGACCGACGAGCGUGACCGUCGCCUGCUCACCAGCAUACUGGCCAUCUUCUACUGCCCGCAAAUCACCCAGGACGAUCAGUACAAGCUGUCCCCAAGCGGGCUGUACUACGCACCUUCGCAAGGUAGCUACGACUCCUUUGUUGAGUACGUGCGAGCGUUGCCGUGGACGCCCCACCCCGAGGUGUUUGGUCUCCAUGAGAACGCAGACAUCUCGAAGGAACAGCAGGAGACGCAGCAGCUACUGGACGGGAUUCUGCUGACCCAGCCUCGCCAGGCAGCGGGUGGAGGAAAGUCUGCCGAGGACCUCAUCCUAGAACUGGCCUCCGACAUCCUCUCCAAGAUCCCUCCGAACUUCAACUUGGAACAAGUGCAGACCAAGUAUCCAGUGCGUUAUGAGGAGUCCAUGAACACUGUGCUGGUUCAGGAGCUGAUCCGGUUCAACCGCCUCAUCACCGUGAUCCGCACUAGUCUGCAGGACAUCCGCAAGGCCACCAACGGGCUGGUCGUCAUGUCCUCCGAACUGGAGGACGUGUUCGACAGCAUGAUGGUGGGAAAGAUCCCAGCCAUGUGGGCUUCUAAGUCCUACCCAUCUCUCAAACCACUGGGCAGCUACAUCGCUGACCUGAUCGCCAGGCUGCAGUUCUUCCAGCUGUGGGUAGAUGGCGGUCCUCCCCACGUGUUCUGGUUAUCGGGCUUCUACUUCACCCACUCCUUCAUGACUGGUGCCAUACAGAACUAUGCCAGGAAGUACAAGAUCCCCAUCGACCACCUGGCCUUCGAGUUCUUUGUCCAGAAGGAGGAGAGGAAGAUGCCAGGCAAACCGACUGAUGGAGUGUAUGUAAGAGGCCUGUUCCUCGAGGGUGCACGUUGGGACCGGCAGAAAGGACUUCUAGCAGAGUCUCUACCCAAAAUCCUGUAUGACACGUUGCCAGUCAUAUGGCUGAAACCAGGGAAGAUAUCAGAAAUCACAGAAAAGGCAACCUAUGAGUGUCCAGUGUAUAAGACAAGUGCACGGCGUGGGACCCUCUCAACGACUGGUCACUCCACUAACUACGUGCUGAGUAUCCAGCUGCCAACUGACCAACCACAGGACCACUGGAUCAUCCGUGGUGUGGCUGGACUCUGUCAGCUCAACGAUUAGUUCCAAUGUCAUAGUGCAAGAACCUAAAUAUUAGGAUAGCUAUCAAAAGAAAUUCUUAACAAAGUCCUGUUCUCCACAUUACAGGUAUCAACUUGACUUAAAGACUACAGAUAGAUCUGUAACAAAAUUUUGUACCUAUCUACAACUCAUCAGUAAAUACAUGUGCCUAUAAAUCUAUAUGUGCAUUGUGUUAACUACCUCCAAUAUUCUCAGUCAGCAGCAUCUAAUUUUGCUGGUAACACACACUUUUGUUUGGAAUGUUGAUUUGAACCUUCAACUGCAAUAUCAUUGACCUAACAUUCAUAUGACCUG